AUGCUGUCUCCAAUUUCUUUCCUGAGGCGGCAUUACGCCACAUGCCUCUUGGCAACCUCCGCCAUUUUAGGCCAGGUUGAGGCCGCCACGAAAAUCAAGGGCGGCGCCGACCCCUCCAUAAUGAAGUAUAAUGGUUACUACUACUCCGCCGGAACCUGCGGCAGCUCCAGCAUUUGCGUCCGGAAGGCUGCCGCCAUAGCUGACUUGGGUGGUGAUGCUGCGGAGAAUAAGUAUGUAUGGUCUGACAAGAACGGGUUGACCAAUAUCUGGGCCCCCGAAAUCAUGAUCGAUGGGGGAAAGACGUACAUCUACUUCACCGGUGGUGCCGACUCGCCGCACGGCACGUACUCGUCCGAGACGAAGAUCAACCUGCCAGGAGACGGGCCUGCCAUUGACGGCAUUGUCUUCACAUUCGAAGGCCAACGCUGGAUGGUAUGGUCCGGCUGGACUGCUGGAGGUGAUGGGAUGCAAACCCUUUACAUCUGCAAGAUGAGCAGCCCGACGACUGCAACUGGAGGGCGCUACGUCAUCUCUCAACCCAAGGAACCGUGGGAACAGACAGUCGGAAAGGUCAACGAAGCACCUACAGCAAUCGUCGAUCCGAAUGGCCAGCUGCACAUCGUCUACUCUGCUAAUGGUAGUUGGAGCGACAAGUAUUGCCUGGGUGAAAUCCGCCUCAAGAAGGGCGGUGACCCUACCUACGUUUGGGAUUGGUACAAGUCUAACGGAUGCCUUUUCGGUUCGAACCAAGCCGACAUGAUGAAGGGUUGGGAUGCUACCCUCUCUAUCAAUGGGCCUGGUUCCCACACAUUCCAACUCGACAGUGGCGAUGUCCGUAAGAGUCCAGGUGGCUCCAACCGGAUCCCAUUUGUCUUCCACGGAGUACCGAAGGGCACGAGCUAUUCAUGGGGUGCUAGAAACUGGUACACUGGCAGCUUCGUGUGGUGGGGCAGCGUGAAGUACCACCGUGCCAAUGUCCCUGGUGACAACGACAACGUUGGCUAUGGCUUCAAGUUCUUUGAAUAA